AUGGCGAAAAAUGUUCAGUUGAAGUUGUUACAGAAGAGAGAGAGGCAAAUAGUGCUUCUCAUGGACAGUGUGGACCGAUUCGUGCAGAAUUAUAAUCCAGAACGUGAUGAGUGUCAAAUUAGUUCUAGGCUUGAAGCCUUAGAACCAGUGUACGGUGAAUUUCACGAAGUGCGUAGCAAGAUAGAAAUGAUUGUGUAUGAAAACGAAGAAAAGAAGGCCAAGGAGCUCUAUGGCGACGCGAAGGAUGAAGCUGAAGCACAACGAGAGGAAGAGAACGACGAGCUGCUGUUAAGUUUUGAAGACCGUUUCUUCCGAUUGAAGGGAGCCUUGACCAAACUUCAGUUAAGGCGUCAGCAAUUGUCAAAGGCGAACGAGAUUUCACACAAUCAUCAGCAUGUGACCGUGGGGUCGAGAAUUAAGCUUCCAGAGAUUCGUCUGCCUAGCUUCAGUGGAAAUCUUAGCGAAUGGGUUUCAUUUCGUGAUAGUUUUCGAACCCUGAUCCACAGUAACGAACAACUCGCGCCCAUGGAGAAAUUCACGUACCUGAAGUCAUCCCUUUCCGGCGAAGCUCUUAAGGAGAUUCUCUCAAUCGAGCUGUCCGAUGCAAAUUACUCUGUCGCUUGGGAGAUUCUGACAGAACGAUACGAGAACAAGAAGCUGAUCGUUAAGACGUACCUAGACGCACUGUUUUGUUUAGAACCAAUCAGAAAAGAAGGCUACGAAAGCAUCAAUAAUCUCAUAACCGAAUUUGAGAAGAACCUGAUGAUGCUGCAGAAGGUCGGUGAAGAUACAGAUGGCUGGAGCACCAUUCUAGCGCACAUGCUUUGCUCGCGACUUGACUCUGUCACUCUAAGGAAUUGGGAAACACAACACAACAGCAAAGAAGUACCGAAAUACGAGGACAUGAGGAAGUUUCUGCGCAACUACUGUUCCGUUCUGCAGUCAGUUGCUCCAGCCAAAGAACCCCACUUCAACGUCGCAACCCAUCAUCAGCCGAGAAUCCAAUCAGCGAGCUUCACUACGUUUAUGUCACCGAACCUAUGUCCGUUUUGCCAUGAAACGUGGCAUUCACCGUUUCACUGUCAAAGAUUCCUUCGAUUGAAGAUAUCAGAACGGGUUGAGGCCGCCAAUCGAAGCCGAGUCUGUCGAAAUUGCCUACAGCCUGGUCAUUUUGCGACGAACUGCACUCGUAGCAGUUGUCGGUUGUGCCAACAAAAGCAUCACACUAUGUUGCAUGCUACGCGAUCCUCCGUUCCAAAUCCGUCGAAUCCGAGACUCAGUCAACUUUCAAAUGCACAACCUAUUCAAGAAAGCACCCAUGUUUAUCCACAGCAAGCCUAUCAACAGCAAAGACAACAAACCAUGCCAAUAGUUACGGAAACACUCACUCAAGCACAACAUGCAACACACAAUUCACCAAACACAACCACACAAAUCAAUUCACCUAUGCCAAGCACAAGCCAAAGCUACGUAGCACUAUCUGUUAAGCCUGCAUCAAAUACUCUGCUCCCUACCGCUCUUGUCAAGAUCAAAGACCGCUACGGUAACGCUCUGAUUGCUAGAGCCCUGCUGGACUCUUGCUCGCAACAUUGUCUAAUGACUAAAGAGUUUUCGAGAAAGCUGAAGCUCGAAGAAACACCAACGUUUUGGUCAGUCCAGGGUAUUGGGUCGUCUGAGUCAGUGUCAACGAAAACCAUACGUGCUGAAGUCUGUUCACGUUCGCCAAAAAUAUCUGGUUUCCGAGAAACUAUGCAGUUCUUUGUGUUGCCCAAACUCACGCUGCAGCUACCUUCGUCAUCGUUUCAUCCUCCGCCCAUGUCGAUUCCCGAUUCCUCUUUGCUGGCUGAUCCUAACUUUCACGAAUCAAAGCGGGUCGAUGUCGUCAUUGGUGCCGAAUAUUACUUGGAUUUGUUGAAGAAUGAACGAAUAAAAGUCACGAAGAAUGGUCCCACGCUUCACAGCUCUGUUUUUGGUUGGAUUGUGUCAGGUCGAAUGGUCGAAUCUCCGCAAAAAGUAACAUCAUCGGUCGUCACACUGGUCGAACAGUCUUUCAUCGACACAGUGGCUAUCACCGAAGUAUCGUCGAGCACUCAAGAGGCACCAAGUCGAGGUUCACAUGCUGGUCAGUCAUCUGGUGGCUACCCACGGAACGGUACAUCAUCGCAAGAGGUCGGUUUGGUGCAUCUAGUGCACCCAAUUCAUUCCGUCAUGGCUUUAAACAAGUCGGACGAAUCAGUUCCCCCAGCGGUUGCAGGGCCUUCCAUCACCUGUGUAACAGCAUACACAACCGAGCAGAGUCGGACCGAAUUCAGGUCGUCUUAA